AUGGACGUUGAAGUCACAGAGAGCUUUACUUGCCUUGGUAGUGCUUUUCAUGUCUCUGGGUUGUCAGACCAGGAAUGCCUUAGAGUCACAUCUCCGAAGCCUUUUGUAACAAGUCCUUACGCCGGAUCAUGUGGUACAGUUGGCAAGACCAGGUGUCCAACCGAUGACUACACCAGAGAUAGAGAGAGAGAGAGAGAGAGAGAGAGAGAGAGAGAGAGAGAGAGAGAGAGAGAGAGAGAGAGAGAGAGAGAGAGAGAGAGAGAGAGAGAGAGAAAGAGAAAGAGACGAAGGGAGAGGGAGAGGGAGAGGAGAGAGAGAGAGAGAGAGAGAGAGAAGAGAGAGAGAGAGAGAGAGAGAGAGAGAGAGAGAGAGAGAGAGAGAGAAGAGAGAGAGAGAGAGAGAGACAGAGAGAGACAAGAGAGAGAGAGAGAGAGAGAGAGAGAGAGAGAGAGAGAGAGAGAGAGAGAGAGAAGAGAGAGAGAGAGGGGGGGGAGAGAGAGAGAGAGAGAGAGAGAGAGAGAGAGAGUAAGAGAGGAGAGUAGAGAGAAAGAGAGAAGUAAAAUUGGAUAUUGGAAUCUGGAAUCUGGAAUAUUAAUGGAAUGGGAUAUAGAGUAA